CUUCAUUCAUGAGUCUGUCCCGUCUCUACGACAACAGGACAUAAACAAAUGGGGUAUCACUGUCCCAGUUGAAGCCAUUCAGUUGCCACGUACAACAGUGCCAAUUCCAGAACUGAUGGGUAAAUAAUCUCUCAUAUUGGAAGUAACCUUGACAUCUUCCACUAUGCCCACAAAAUCCAAAAAAUCAAGGUCCCACAGUUCAAGGCCCGCCAAGAAGACUGGGAGUCCAAAAACACGCAAAAAGAGGUCCUCUAGUGCCAAAACCACCAAGACAGAGGUGGACAUCCUCAGCCCAGCAGCCAUGGAGAAUGUCUACUACAUUUCUCACAAUGCAGUGGACUGUCUGGAGUUCAGAGGCUUUGGGUGGCCACAAUCAAAUAAAAAGAAGAAGAAGAAGGGAACAAAACGGAAGAAGAAAAAGUAGAUCAGCAUUUUUGCCAAACCUAAGAGAAAUUUCCCCGUUUUUUGAUUCAAGUGAUUAUAACUAAAAAAACAUCUUGCUAUUGGCACCAUCUGGUG